GCUUCUUCGUGGCCGCAUAGAGCGAAGCUAUUGUUUGCAGGCACACUACCUAAACAGUGUGCAAACAUUCACCGGUUAGUGAAACCCAUUUGUACUGGAUUCCAGCAAGGACACUUAGAUUUCGUUGCAUAUGUGGCCAAUCGCUUUCCUCAUACUUCUGCUAACGGUCGAAGUACAAGUGAAAAGCCAAGACUAAGCUUCGCUGAGUGCAAAGCUUUGUGCUGGAAACUUCAUGAGAAGAUACAGGACAGGUUCAAGUGUAUCGUAAACUGCAAAUCAGGUAUAAUGCCGAAGAUUAAACAAGACUGAAGAUUGAGGACAUCGAAGUUUGUAGUGUUCUUUGAAUAAAAAUCACGUUAUCAU